AACCGGAGCAGCGGGGAGACUGUGGGAGGAGCGACGGGUUGAGAUCCAGGUGGUCGAGCCUGCGUAAAAACGCACCAAACACAAGUCAAAACCGAAAUAGUGAGUGUCAUAGAAAGAAAGUUCGAUGCUCGCACUCCUGGCACUUAUAUGAAUGAAUAACCUCUGUUCCGAGAACGCCUCCUGGAUCUGCUGCUGCAGAAAUAACCAAAAGAGCGGAACGCGCUGCGGUGGUGCGUUGCUGCCAUCUCCACAGAAAACGGACAAAACAGGACCAAACGGUUCGUUGUGAACUCUAGAUUUGUGACCGAAGAAGGCAACUUUUAUUUAAACAAUCAAGACGGCUUGUUUCAGCGAAAAGUGGAGAUAUGUUCAAGAAAAGCAAGAGUAAAGUCCUGGUGGAUUAUGCGUCAGAGGAAGACGACAUGUCCUGGCACUAUCAUCACUCCUACAAGGACAAAGACAUAGAAGGAGAGGAAGAGGAAGAGGAGGAGGAAGCUGUCACUGCAGUAUCCAAGGAGGCCAAGGUGAAGAAGAUCAUGUCCAAGAAAGAGAAGAGGGAGAAGAAGAUGUUCUCCUCUAAAGAUGAUGAGCACUUCUUGUUGACCGGAGUAAAGCUGGCGGACCGCAGAGGGUCUCACAAGAAAAUCAAGGAUGACGAGAAGGAGAAGGAAAAGAAGGACAAGCCAGACAAGGGCCACUGUUUCUGGGAGAGCGUUACCAUGACGAUGAGGCAAAUCUCCCCCACCAAAAAACUGGAGAAGAUGGAGGGUUGGGAGCCGCCUCACCUGGAGAACUUAACUGAGACUGUGACCGACGAAGCCCCAGAGGACAAGAGCCAGAAAGGGGGCUUGCCAGUGUCCUUCCCCGACUCUCUAGGCCUCCCGUUGGAACUGGCCUCCUGGGCGGGCCAAGGUCUUGAGGAGGACUCCUCCCGCUAUGCUAAUCUGUCGGACUCCAAGGAUUCAACAGCUGCCGUCAGGUGGACAGCCCGCGCCAAAGUCAAGCUGGCUGGCAUCAGCAGGAUGAGCAGAGGGAUUGUGUCAGAAAGUGCUUGGGAGGGGUUUAAAUAGGAGCCAUUUGACCUUCUAUGCCCCUCCCUCCUCACCAAUGUACCAUCAGUAAAGAGGAUGAAGAUCUGAACCAAAUAAAUGCUCGUCUCUGUUAUCUAGUUCUGGACGAAAACGGUGUUAAUGUCAACUGGUAUUGAGAUGCUGUUGUAAAGCCUUGAACAUAACACAUGACGUUUGUCCCUAUUGUUUUAGCUUUGAAGACCUUAAAGACAAUAUAUGUCAGUUUUAUGAAUGGGCUUUUUUUUUGCUACUUUUAAAUCACUGGCAUAAACUGUAAAUUACAACAAAUAAAAGCCUUAAACUAC